AUGAGCAGCUCAUCCAGAAAACCUAAGACAUAUGAGGAUGUGGAUGAAAAUGAGCUGUUGGCCACACUGUCCUGCGAGGAGCUCCGACAGCUGGAGGAGGAACUGGAAGACCUACACCCAGACGACUGCGUCCCCAUCGGUCUGAGGCAGAAGGACCAGACGGCCAAGAGACCUACAGAGAACUUUGACAGGGAUGCAUUGCUUAGAUACUGGGAGGAUGAGAACACCAAAAAUCUUGGACAAACUCCAGAGGAGAGGCAAAAGAUGCCUCAAAAGGGGAAACGAUUGCAGAGCCUUCCCAAGAAAAGUGUUGAGAAGAAAGAAGAAUUUCAAAGGGAGUUGAGGAGUAAAUGCUGCGAUGAGAAGGCUCCUUUAAAGACAACAGAGGUGACAACACUGGACAUGACGGUCUCUGACAGAGACAACGAAAACCCCAUCGUUAUCAAAGAAGCCUUGGAGAAAGUUCUGCGUGAUGAUCCCAGCACCAGCGAAGUGAACCUGAACAACCUCCAGGACAUUUCUCAGGAAACUUUGCUCAGCUUCGUUGAGGCGCUGACCUCUAACACCCACGUUAAAGUCUUCAGCCUCGCCAAUACGCACGCCGACGACAGAGUAGCUCUGGCCAUCUCGAAGACUCUCUGUCAGAACCGGUCUAUACGAAACCUAAACAUCGAGUCCAACUUUGUCUCAGGGAAAGGUGUCCUCGCUUUGCUGGAGGCUCUGACCCACAACAGCACCCUAGUUGAACUCCGCUUCCACAACCAAAGGCACAUUUGCGGUGGAAAGGUGGAAAUGGAAAUGGUCCGGCUUCUCCGAGAGAACACCACCCUGCUCAAGCUCGGGUACCAAUUUGAUCUCGCAGGUCCUAGGAUGGCGGCAACCGGGAUCUUGACCCGGAACCAGGACCAGGAACGACAACGGCGACUUCAACUCAAGAAAGAUCAAAAUGCUGUUGCACAGUCUACUCAAAUUUCAUCAAAGAAGCCAACUUCCAGCGUCAACCUUCACAAAAACCCUACCACAGUCAGCCCUCAAGUGUUGUCUUCUCCUAGUUGUUCCCUCCAAUGCAAGAAUGAGCAGAGUCCUGUUGAAACAUCUACUCAAGCAUUAUGCAAGAAGCCAACUUCCAAGAUCAACCUUCACAGAAUUCCCACUGCGGUUGCUUGUUCUGGUGGGGAGUUGCCCACAAGGAAAAACAGUGAAAUGGUCAGACACCAUGAAGGCUCCAAGGGCACGUCCAAUCAUAGGAGGCUAAAGUCCAAGAACCUAAAAAAUGACACAGAGAAAGAGAGUGGGGACAUUCUGAAAGAGCUGAAGAACUCCUUGAAACCAUCCUCGCAGAAGAGGCGAGACGAGUUGUCUAAUCACCCACCGCCGCCUCUGCAGAGAUCCGGUCGCGAUGAUCUGAUGGCGGCGAUUCGGGGGAGCGGCAUAAGGUCCUUGAACGGGGUAAGACCGUAA